UUUGCAACAGCCCCGGAGGCGAACACGCAACACACUGGCAUUCCUCGUCUGAAUCCGCGUUUGGAUCUGACCACCACACCACCCUCGACACCAUGGCGAGCAAGCAGCUUGGGAAGUUUAAGCAGUGGGCGGGCGAGAAGAUCUCCUCGAGGGAGAAGACUGUCACCGCGGACGACAACGAUGACUUCAAGGAGACCGAGCAGGACAUCGACCUCCGCAAGGAGGGCCUCAUCCGGCUGCACAUGGCGGCGGAGGACUACCACCACACGCUCUCGAAGAAGAAAGAGUCGCCUGCAGUGCAGGAGAACGAGAAGCUCAUGCCAAUCGACACGUUUGGCAUUGUCAUGCUCAACCACGGGGAGGAGUUCGGAGACCAGUCUGCGUUCGGCUCCUCGCUUGUUAAGCUGGGCCGGGCCCACUGCAAGGUCGCCACGCUGCAGGAGUCGUACGCGAUCACGUUCCAGGAUGGGUUCAUCAACUCGUGCAAGGGGUUCUUGCAGGACAUCCGCGAUUACGAGCAUCAGAAGAAGAAGCUCGAAAGCAGAAGGCUUAGCUAUGACGCAGCACUCAACAAGCUCGAGAAACUCAAGGCUAGUAAGAAGGAGAAGGAGAAGGACCGGAAGGAUGCAGAGGACGAGCUUCAGAAGAGCAGGCUACGCUAUGAAGAGACGUCUGAAGACGUCCGAGCUCGGAUGCAGGCAAUCCAGGAGAACGAGGUCCAACAGCUGCGCGAGCUCACGAAUUUCCUCGACAUUCAGCUCAACUUCGCGCGGCAAUACAGGGAAAUCAUGCAAGAAGUGAAGGAGGGAUGGUGUGACGAAGCAAUGCUCACCAACUUCGAGCGCUCCCGAUCCCGAGCUGGGUCGCAGCACACCCGUCGCUCUGUGGAUGACGGAAGUCGAUUCCGCUCCGUCCGCUCCAAGCGCUCAGCGGUCUCCAUGAACAACCAGGGCUCAUCUACCGACGACGACGGGCCACGCAAACCCCAUUCUCGUCGUCCAUCAGAAUCCAAGACGACGAUGUCGUCGCGCCCCACCUCGCGCGCGUCGCGGAAGCGCUCGGACAGCGCGGCGACUGCGGGUGCUGCGGAGAAGGCCAGCAAGCGAAUGAGCGUCGCAGGGUGGGCGUCGAGCGCGGUUAGCUCGGUGACCGGCCGCGGGCGGAAGGAGGGCUCGAACUUUGCUGCGCUCAAGGAUAAGGCUGGAGGGGACUCAGACGACGACGAGAGUGACAAGGAGGGCAGCGGAACGCGGCCGCCAAGCUCGCGCUCGAUGGCGAAGAAAUCGCCGAUGCUGUCGUCGUCGUCGCCCCGCGUGCCGCCGCGCCGGUCGAAGCCCCCGUCCCCAACAGGCAGGGUUGUUAAGACGCUGUAUGACUUCUCGGGCACUGCGGACGAGCUGCCGUUCAAGGCUGGCGAGGAGAUCGUCGUGCUCAGCGAGCCCUCGGAGGACUGGUGGCUCGGCCAGAACGCGAGCGGCCGCAAGGGGCUGUUCCCCACCAACUACGUCGAGAGCACAUCUGCGCCCUCAAGUCACAUGCCUCGGUCUAGUUCUGGCGUGCCCUACCCCGAUGACGAGAGCGAAGAUGACGUCGGGAAGUAUAUCGGCCAGAAACCCGUGGGCGUCGGCGCCGCAGAAGGCGCGUCGGCGUACCUCAACGGCUUCGACUCGGCGAGCGCGAUCAGCUCGCUCGCGGACCACAACGAGGAGGAGCAUCUCGUGCCGUUCAAGGGAUCGGACGACGACGUGCACCUCCCCGGGCGGCACGACUCGCCCAGCGGAUCGUACUCGGGCUCUGGGUCCAGCGUCAGCGGCCAAGCCUCCGGCCCCGGCCCCGGCCCGGGCGGUCUGGGCGCCUCGCUCAGCCGCCUGCGCGCCCACUCGGACAUGGGCACGAAGCGCCCGGCACCGCCGCGGCCGCCCCCGCGCAAGUCGACGACGAAUCUGCUGAACGCUGCACCGCCGCUGGUGCCUGAGAGGCGGUCGCCGGCGCCGCAAGGCUCGUCGGCGCUGCUGCAGCCCCAUCCCAAUGGCGCGGCGUUGUCGGCGGCGGGGUCGCGGUCGUCGCCCGGGAAGGAUGUGUCGCCGUUUGACAGCUUGAUGGAUAUAUCGAUGCAGUGUACGACGUUUAAGCAGCAUCCUGGGGAGCCUAUUGGGUUUUGCGGGAACUGUUUCCGCAUGCACUAGCGAUGUUGUGGGUGGGAGGUGGGUGGGGGAUGAAGAAGGCUUCGUGCGCGGGGCUUUGAACAGUCUGUGAACAUAGGUGCCUAGGACUUUCAGUUGACUAGUAUCGUACGCC